ACACAAGGCAAGAGGUUAGUAGACUUAACUUUUAAUGCUAUUUGUUAGUUGUGUGAUUAGGUUGAGAAAUAAAUAGAGUUAAGGGAAAUGCUAUUUGUUAGUUGUGUCGACGUGAUUUGCAUUUAGUUUUCUCUCUCUUUUAGGUUUAGGUGAAAAAAUUGAUUGCCAUUAACUCUGUAAUAACCAAUUCAACAACUAAAAAAUCUAAAACUUGUCUUUAAAAUCUAAACAACACGUUUAAACUAUCAUCAACUAAAAUCUUUCUCCUUUGCUACCUCCUUCUCAAACUCUAUCUUAUGGAUUCAUAUAGUCAAUCUAGCUUUCUAGACCUUUUAAACAAUCAACAACCAAACCUUCAACCUGGUAUACAACUCCCUGCCUCGAACGUGUGUGUCUUCGGUUCUCAAUGGGGUGAAGGUGCUAAUGCUGAUGGUCACACUAUCGACGACCGUAAGGAGAGAAGGAAAUGGACACCAGCAGAAGACAUUGUCUUGAUAAGUGCUUGGUUAAACACCUCGAAAGACCCUGUUGUGGGGAAUGAGCAAAAGGCAAUUGCAUUUUGGAAACGCAUUGCUGCUUAUUUUGCAGCAUCUCCCAAGCUCGCUGGUUUGCAAAAGAGAGAGCCGACUCACUGCAAACAGAGGUGGGGGAAGAUUAACGAGGGUGUCUGCAAGUUUGUAGGGUGCUAUGAGGCUGCAAUGAAAGAGAAAUCAAGUGGGCAGAGUCAAAAUGAUGUGAUGAGAAUGGCACAUGAGAUUUUCUACAAUGAUUACAAAGUGAAAUUCACUAUGGAGCAUGCAUGGUUGGAGCUUCGCCAUGAUCAAAAAUGGUGUGGAGCUUCAACAACUAAGGAUAAAGUGCAGUCCAAGAGAAGGAAGCUAGAUGACCAAUCCGCACAGAGUUCAACCUCUGUUCCAGUAAGCCAUGGAGAUGAUGAAGUUAGUGCUCGGCCUAUAGGUGUUAAAGCCGCAAAGGGAAAAGGUAAAAGGACUGUCGAAGAGGAAGGGAAGCCGGUGAAGGAGUUUGAGAGUUUUUGGGACAUAAGGCAAAAGGACUUUGCCUUGAGGGAUAAGGUUAACAAGCAAAAAUUGCUUGAGAGCCUCAUUGCCAAGACAGAGCCUCUUGAUGAACUUGAAAUUGCUUUGAAAACUAAGCUUAUUAAUGACAUGUUGGCUAAUUAGUUAGAUUUUUUUAGUUUGUUUCAUGUCGGGUUUCUUUUGUGUCUGAGUUUGUUUCAUGUCUUUGGGUCUGUUGAUUCAUGUCCUCGUUUUAGUUUAUUUCAUGUCUUUGGGUCUGUAACAUUGUCCUCUUCCUUAAUUAAUGUUUAAUC